AUGCUCGGCAACCUUAUAAUCAACCACUUCACGGAACAAAUUAGCAUCCAAAACGCAAUCUUCACUACCAUAAACUGCAGCCUGAACUCCCGCCAUCAACUUAGCAAUCUCUCUCCCAGAGAAGCCCUCGGUUUUGGAGGCAGCUUCCUUGAUGACAUCAUCAUUCAAUCCCUUGAUCUCAAUCUGCUUCUGCUGUUUCUUGAAGAGAUGGGAAAACAAGCCCGCUUGAAACGUUCUUCUUCACCGGGUAAAGGGAAUUCCAAGACUUCAUCUAUACGGUCAGCCACAGCCGAAUCAAGAUCACUAGGUCGAUUGGUGGCUAAGGCAAGGACUAUGUCUUUCGACUGGUCACCUGUGCGGAAUAACAGCGCGUUUAGUGCACUCCUUUGGGCUUCGCUCAUAUAUGGCGAAUUUACUUACUCGCACAAGAAUGCAUCUGCUUCGUCAAUGAAGAGCAACAAACCCCUAUUGGACUUCUUCGCCCAAUCAAAAAGCUGGUGUAUCUUCGUGACAGCCUGA